UUACACACAUAAGAUGUACCAAGAGUUGGUAGAGGAAGUAUCGUUUAUAAUUUUCAAUGGAAAGUUUGAAUAUCACCAAUGUCAAAUAAUUGUUUGACCCAAAAAAAAGAAAAGGAAAAGGAAAAAGGAAAAGGACUAAAGUAGCUUCAACCUUUGGGACUCUGUGUGACUGUGCAUGUACUAUGUUCCUUCCUUAAUAGCAAAGACCUCUUCAGUCGUUGGUUCGUCAACAACACUCACUCAUUGAGGCAGGCAGGUGACUCUGAAAGAGGGACACCAUGUCAAUUUUUCUUGAAGUUUUGAAAUGCCUCUUUUGUAUUGAAGAUGAGCGUGAGAAUUAUGAUUAUAAUCAGAUUCCCAGACAAACUUAUGAUUCUAAAAUUUCCUAUAGAAACCGCUCCCCACCCUUGACUUCUACUAAUCAAUCUCCAGCCUUCUAUAACUAUAAAGCCCCAUCACCUCCAUCUCAACCAGUCAAAUCUCCCUUUAGUUCAUCUUCAUCAUCCCCUAAGCCUCCGACAUCUUCAUCGAAACCGCUGCAAUCUUCUUAUAUCAGUACAUCUUCUCCAUCUCCUAAAUUCCCAACAUCUUCUUCUUCUUCAACAUUCCCUAAGCCCCCAACAUCUUCAUCUAAGCUGCCUCAAUCAACUUUUGUUAAUCCAUCUUCUUCCAAUGCAUCUCCAUUUAUUCUUGAAUUCCCAACAUCUGUAUCUAAACUACAACAAUCUUCUUCUGUUGAUCAGCGUUCAGCAUUGCCUAAACCCCCGACAUCUUCAUCUAAGCUGCCCCAAUCCACUCUUGUUAGUCCAUCUUCACCAUCCCUUCAACUCCGAACACCUUCAUCUAGACCAUCUCCUCCUAUACUGUCUACAUCCUCCUUUAAACCACCUCAGGCUUCAUCAAAAUCACAUUCAUCAUCGCCAAAUCCUCCAACAUCUUCAAAACCAUCACCAUCCUCGGGACGGCCAGCGUCUUCCACUACACUCCCUCCAAUCUUUAAGCAAGUUCUAUCCCCAGCCUCCUCAGAUGUAAUAAAUGAAAAGGGGAAGAAAAGUUAUGUAUCGGUUGAAAAGGGUUCAUUACCUAUAUUCACGAUUCCUGAGGAUUUCAAAGAUUUGAUCAAGAAUGACAUUGUGCCUAAAGUUCUUAAACAGCCUCUGUCUCCCACGACAUAUAAGGAUUACUUUGCUGCUCUGUUAUACGCUGAAGAGUUCUACCAUGAGAAAUGGGCUGAUUUCAAUAUGAAGAAUGUGACACUGAAGUUGCAAAAAGCAUCAGUUUACAAAAAUCUGGACAAGGAAGAGAAAACCUUCGUAGAAUUUAUGAUUGAUUCUGUUCCUGAAAAUCGGCCAUUCCUUUUGUCGAGGGACUUAGUCUAUGUGAGGCCAUCAGGUACAAAUGCUGAGCAGUUUCAGGGCAUUAUAAAUCGCAUUAUUAGGAGCAAUCUUGUAUUAGUGGAAUUUGAAUAUGAAUUUUAUGAUUAUCAUUAUUCGACCCAAAAAUAUGAUGUCAGCUUCUCAUUCAAUCGAGUAUGUUUGAAAAGAGCUCACCAAGCAGUUCAAACAGCAUCGGAUACUUUGUUUCAGAACUUCCUCUUUCCUGAUGGUGUUUCCCGUACGAGCAUUCCCACCGCACCAGCGCUGCUGUCUGGCCGUCACAAACUUGACGCCAAACAAUUAUCUGCUGUUCGUCAAAUUUUAAGCAUUAAGGGCUCACCACCUUACUUGGUGGCUGGCCAGCUUUGUGUUGAAAGGAACGUUUUUAGGCCGUCGAGAACUGGAGCAGUUGUUUGUGAAGCAGUGCACCAGUUAUGUCAAACCUCACUCAAAAAUAGGAUUCUGAUAUGUGCUCCUAGUAACAGCUGUUGUGAUGGGAUUAUGAGAAGCUUGUUGAAAGUGAUUCCAGAGUCAGAUAUGUUUCGAGCCAACGCUGCAUUCCGUGAGAAAGAUGAGGUGCCUGAUGACAUCCUCCCAUCAUGCCUUUACGAAGACCCUUAUUUCUCUUGUCCUCCAACUGAGAAGCUUAAAAAAUUCAGGGUGAUUUUCUCGACUCUCAUGAGUAGCUUUCGGCUACAUGAUAAAGGCCUAACUUCUGGACAUUUUAGUCAUAUUUUUCUGGUAGAUGCUUCAUCUGCCAUUGAGCCAGAAACAGCAGUGGCCUUAACUAAUUUUGCAGAAAAAAGUACUACUGUUAUAGUCACUGGUCAACCAGGAGAUAAUUCACGUUGGGUUCGAGCAGACAUGGCAAGGCAAAAGGGACUGAAGAUUUCAUACUUCGAGAGACUUCUCAAGUCAAGGCCAUAUAGAAGCCUCAACCCAAUGCUUAUCACACAACUGGACCAGUAGCAAAAGCCACACUCAGCAACACCUACAGGCUUUUGCAUUAAGCUUAAAAUGCUUUGCAUAAUUGCACAAAACAUUUGACUGUUUGCUGUUUAAAUUUCUUGGUUCAUAAGCCACAACCUAAAGAUAUUAGGGUGACUGUUUUGUUGUAAGUAGCCUUCUGCAACGUGUGGUGAUUGUUUUUAUUUGUGAUUGUUUUCUUGUCAAAUUAUUAAUCGCCCUCCUAGGCUACCUUACCUCAACCUCCUGCAUGUUCAGAUCCUCUACUAUCUGUAUCAAUUUUGUUUCUUAACACAUUAGAACCAUGACCAGAUUGAUUACAUCAGUAACA